AUGAAAUUCGCUAUUAAACGGCCUGAAAAAUACGAUGGCCCCCUUUCAACGGGCGUUAAGCAAAUCACAAGGGAGACGAAAGAGCGGACCGGCCAAGCUUCCUGCGCCGGAGGAAACGGCGUGCCAACUCCCCCGGGCGCAUUGUUUGAGGAUUUGAUGCGUUUCCUCCGCGGCGGGAGGACGCGCAUGUACGUCGCGCGGCGAGAUUUAUUGCCGCCGACCCAGCGGCCGGUGCUCGGCCACGUCUCCGUGUACGUUGUACGCGAGACGCCGGGAUUUGCGCGACGUUUAUUGGGGGAAUUAGAACCGGAACACGUCGCGCCCGACGGCGGUUCUUGUAAAUCCGGCGUUCCAUUUUUAAAUCGGUUCUUGUACCUUGCACCUUCGAACCGGAACAGCUGGUAUUGGUGGUGCCAUGACACCGCCGGUUCCGAUUUAAAAUUUUUGCUGAAGGUGGUG